AUGGCGCUCGACAACUUCUAUCACAACAAAAUCGAAUCUCUAAAACUAGAAAUCAUUCAAGGCCAAGCAGUCCUUCGUCGAUUAGAAGCACAGCGGAAUGACUACAACUCAAGAGUCCGGUUACUCCGUGAGGAACUAGGCCUUCUCCAGCAGCCUGGUUCAUAUGUCGGAGAAGUGGUCAAGGUCAUGGGCACAAAAAAGGUCUUGGUCAAAGUCCAUCCCGAAGGCAAAUAUGUCGUUGAUAUAGCUGAAAGCGUCGACAUCGCAAAGCUCACUGUCGGCAAGCGUGUCUCCCUACUCUCCGACUCGUAUAAACUGGAGAAAAUGCUCCCAUCCUCCGUCGAUCCCUUGGUAUCGCUCAUGAUGGUCGAAAAGGUCCCCGACAGUACAUACGACAUGAUCGGAGGUCUCGACCAACAAAUCAAAGAAAUCAAAGAGGUUAUCGAACUUGGUCUAAAUCAUCCCGAACUAUUCGAGUCAUUAGGCAUUGCUCAGCCUAAGGGUGUCCUUCUCUAUGGCCCACCUGGAACUGGCAAGACACUGCUUGCUCGAGCGGUGGCACAUCAUGCAGACUGCAAAUUCAUUCGAGUGUCUGGAUCCGAAUUGGUCCAAAAAUACAUUGGCGAAGGUAGCAGGAUGGUGAGAGAAUUGUUCGUCAUGGCUCGAGAGCACGCUCCCAGUAUCAUCUUUAUGGACGAAAUCGACAGUAUUGGUUCUAGCCGAGUGGAAGGAAGCAGCGGUGGUGAUUCCGAAGUCCAGAGAACCAUGUUGGAACUGUUGAAUCAGCUUGAUGGUUUCGAGCCCACCAAGAACAUCAAAGUCAUCAUGGCUACCAAUCGUUUGGAUAUCUUGGAUCCCGCUCUUCUGCGACCAGGUCGCAUCGAUCGUAAAAUCGAAUUUCCCCCUCCAACCGUCGAAGCGCGAGCCGAUAUUCUCCGAAUCCACUCACGAAGCAUGAACUUGACAAGAGGUAUCAAUCUCAAGAAAAUUGCCGAAAAGAUGAACGGGUGCUCUGGGGCUGAGCUCAAAGGUGUUUGUACUGAAGCCGGUAUGUUUGCUUUGCGUGAGAGAAGAGUUCAUGUCACUCAAGAAGACUUUGAUUUGGCAACGGCCAAGGUUCUCAACAAACAUGACGACAAAGAGGUGUCAUUGGGCAAAUUAUGGAAGUAG